UCGGCCUGCUGGAGUAGGGCUCAGACUCCGCGCGGUGGCGGGCGGCGUGGGCCUGCGCUCUGGGAAAAUGUGGGUCAGCGAUCGCCUAGCGGGUGCGGGGACAGGAGGGGUGGCCGUGACUGUGGUCUUCACCAACGCUCGCGACUGCUUCCUCCAUCUGCCGCGGCGCCUCGUGGCCCAGCUGCACCUGCUGCAGAAUCAAGCUCUGGAAGUAACCUGGGGUCAGCAGCCUGCAUUCUUGAGCUGGAUAGAAGGCAGGCACUUCAAAGAUCAAGGUGAAAAUGUUGCUGAAGUUAGCAGACAAGUUGGUCAUAAACUUGGACUCUCAAAUGGGGAACAGGUAUUUCUCAAGCCAUGUUCCCAUGUGGUGUCUUGCCAGCAAGUUGAGGUGGAACCCCUGUCAGCAGACGAUUGGGAGAUACUGGAGCUGCAUGCUGCUUCCCUUGAACAACAUCUUCUAGAUCAAAUUCGAAUAGUUUUUCCAAAAGCCACUUUUCCUGUUUGGGUUGAUCAACAGACUUACAUAUUUAUCCAGAUUGUUGCACUCAUACCAACUGCUCUUUAUGGGAGGCUGGAAACGGACACCAAACUCCUUAUUCAGCCAAAGACACGCCAAGUCAAAGAGAAUACGUUUUCUAAAGCAGAUGAUGUGUAUGGGAAAUUUCAUAGCUAUGGAAGAGACCAAAAAGGAAUGACAGAAGAAUUUCAAACCAAGCAGCUUCAGUCAAAUACCAUGGGAGUAACUGGAUCUAAUGAAACAGACUGCAAGACACCCAGUGCUUCGUCAUUGACACCAAGCUUGUGGUCUAUGAUUGGAAGCAUUUUUUCUUUUGGAUCUGAGAAGAAACAAGAGACAUCCUGGGGCUCAACUGAAAUCAAUGCCUUUAAAAACAUGCAGUCACAGGUUGUUCCUGUAGACAAUAUUUUCAGAGUAUGCGGAUCUCAACCUCCCAGUAUAUGUAAUAUAUCAGCAGCUUCUACAUUUGACAAAUACUGUGCCAUUCAUGUAUUUCCAUGGGACCAGGAAUAUUUUGACAUGGAGCCUCGCUUUACCAUAACUUAUGGAAAGCUAAUUAAGUUACUUUCUCCAAAGCAAAAGCAAAAUAAAACAAAGCAGAGUGCCCUGUUGCCUGAAAAAGAGAAGCAUGUAUCAGAGCCACCAGAUCAAAAACAGAUUAGCUCAGAUCAUAAUCAAGAAGCUGAUAAGGCCUGUGUGGUAAAGAUAGUCUGGAAUGGACUUGAGGAAUUAAGGAAUGCCAUAAAAUACACCAAAAAUGUAGAACCUCUUCAUCUUGGGAAAGUCUGGAUUCCAGAUGACCUGAGAAAGAGACUGAAUAUAGAAAUGCAUGCAGUAGUCAGAAUAACUCCAGUGGAAAUUACCCCUAAAAUUCCAAGAUCUCUAAAAUUACAACCUAGAGAGAAUUUACAUAAAGACAUAAGUGAAAAAGAUGUAAAAACUGUGUUCUCUUCAUGGGUACAGCAGUCUGCUACCACCAUGCUUCCUUUGAUAAUAUCAGAGGAAGAAUUUAUAAAGCUGGAAACUAAAAAUGGGUUGAAAGAGUUUUCUCUGAGUAUAGUUCAAUUUUGGGAAAAAGAAAAGGAAAAAGCAAAAAGAAAAGAAAAAGAAAAAAAUACUUUUUUGUUGAGUAGCAGUCUGUUACAGAAGACCUCAAUACAAGUCCUUCUAGAUCCUAUGGUAAAAGAAGAAAGCAGUGAGGAAAUUGACUUUACUCUUCCUUUUUUAAAGCUGAACUCUUUGGGAGGAGUGAAUUCUUUAGGCAUGUCCUGCAUGGAGCAUAUCACGCAUAGCCUCCUGGGACGCCCUUUGUCUCGGCAGCUGAUGUCCCUUAUUGCAGGACUUAGGAAUGGAGCCCUUUUACUCACUGGAGGAAAGGGAAGUGGAAAAUCAACUUUAGCCAAAGCAGUCUGUAAAGAAACAUUUGACAUAUUGGACACCCACGUGGAGAUAGUUGACUGUAAAGCUUUACGAGGAAAAAGGCUUGAAAGCAUACAGAAGACCCUUGAGUCAGCCUUCUCGGAGGCAGUGUGGAGGCAGCCAUCUGUUGUUCUGCUGGACGACCUCGAUCUCAUUGCUGGACUGCCUGCUGGCCCAGAGCAUGAGCACAGCCCUGAUGCUCUGCAGAGCCAGCGGCUCGCACAUGCUUUGAAUGAUAUAAUUAAAGACUUUAUUUCCAUGGGAAGUUUGGUUGCACUGAUUGCCACAAGCCAGUUUCAACAUUCUCUCCAUCCUUUGCUUAUUUCUGCUCAAGGAAUUCAUAUCUUUCAGUGUGUCCAACACAUUCAGCCUCCUAAUCAGGAACAAAGAUGCGAAAUUCUGCAUAAUGUAAUAAAAAAUAAACUGAACUGUGAUAUAAACAAGUUUACUAAUCUUGACCUGCAACGUAUAGCUAAAGAAACUGAAGGGUUUGUGGCUAGAGAUUUUACAGUGCUUGUGGAUCGAGCCAUACAUUCUCGUCUCUCUCAUCAGUGUAUAUCCGCCAGGGAAGAAUUAUUUUUAACAACAUUGGACUUCCAGAAGGCUCUCCAAGGAUUUAUUCCUGCAUCUCUGAGAAAUGUCAACCUGCAUAAACCUAGAGACCUGGGCUGGAAUAAGAUUGGUGGAUUACAUGAAGUUCGGCAGAUACUCAUGGAUACUAUCCAAUUACCAGCCAAGUACCCAGAAUUAUUUGCAAAUUUGCCCAUACGUCAGAGAACGGGAAUACUAUUGUAUGGUCCUCCUGGAACAGGAAAGACCUUACUAGCUGGAGUAGUUGCACGAGAGAGUGGAAUGAAUUUUAUUAGUAUCAAGGGGCCAGAAUUACUCAGCAAAUAUAUUGGAGCCAGUGAGCAAGCUGUUCGGGAUAUUUUUAUUAGAGCACAGGCGGCAAAGCCCUGCAUUCUGUUCUUUGAUGAAUUUGAAUCCAUUGCUCCUCGCAGAGGUCACGACAAUACAGGAGUUACAGACCGAGUGGUUAACCAGUUGCUGACUCAGUUGGAUGGAGUGGAAGGCUUACAGGGUGUUUAUGUGUUGGCUGCUACUAGUCGCCCUGACUUGAUUGACCCCGCUCUGCUUAGGCCUGGCCGACUAGAUAAAUGUGUAUACUGCCCUCCUCCUGAUCAGGCUGCACGCUUUGAAAUUUUAAGCGUUCUCAGUGACACUCUGCCUCUAGCAGAUGAUGUGGACCUUCCGCACGUGGCCACUGUGACCAACUCCUUCACCGGAGCCGAUCUGAAAGCCCUGCUCUACAAUGCCCAGCUGGAGGCUCUGCACGGAAGGCUGCUCCUGAGCAGACUCCAGGAUCGAAGUUCCAGCUCUGAUAGUGACCUAAGUCUGUCUUCAAUGGUCUUUCUCAACCACAGCAGUGGUUCUGAUGACUCAGCUGGAGAUGGAGAAUAUGGCUUAGACCAGUCCCUUGUUUCUCUAGAGAUGUCUGAGAUCCUUCCAGAUGAGUCAAAAUUUAAUAUGUACCGGCUCUACUUUGGAAGCUCUUAUGAAUCAGAACUUGGAAAUGGAACCUCUUCUGAUUUGAGCUCACAGUGUCUCUCUGCACCAAGCUCCAUGACUCAGGAUUUGCCUGGACUUCCUGGGAAAGAACAGUUGUUUUCACAACCUCCAUUGUUCAGGGCAGCUUCACAAGAAGGUUACCAAGAACUUACACAAGAGCAACGAGAUCAACUGAGGGCAGAGAUCAGUAUUAUCAAAGGCAGAUAUCGAAGCCAAAGUGGAGAGGAUGAAUCCCUUCCCCAACCAGGACCAGUCAAGACCAGUCUUGCUAUUAGUCAGUCACAUUUAAUGACUGCACUCAGUCAUACAAGACCGUCCAUUAGUGAAGAUGACUGGAAGAAUUUUGCUGAACUGUAUGAAAACUUUCAAAAUCCAAAGAAGAGAAAAAAUCAAAGUGGAACAGUGUUUCGACCUGGACAGAAAGUAACUUUAGCAUAAAAUGUACUUCUGACUUUCUGGAGUGGGGUGUGUGUGUGUGUGUGUGUGUGUGUGUCUGUGUCUGGCUUGUCCCUUACAUUGUAACACUGAAAUUGGU